AUGGCUGCUGCUCACCGUCUGGUUAUCGUGCGUCACGGGGAGAGUUCAUGGAACCAGGAGAACCGCUUCUGCGGCUGGUUCGACGCUGACCUCAGUGAGAAAGGCCUUGAAGAGGCCAAACGCGGAGCCCAUGCCAUCAAAGAAGCUGGCAUGAAGUUUGAUGUAUGCUACACCUCAGUGCUGAAGCGUGCCAUCAAGACCUUGUGGACAAUCAUGGAGGGCACAGACCAGAUGUGGCUGCCCGUGAUCCGUACCUGGCGUCUGAACGAGCGCCACUACGGUGGCCUGACCGGCUUGAACAAGGCAGAGACGGCAGCCAAGCACGGAGAGGAGCAGGUGAAGAUUUGGCGGCGCUCUUUCGACAUCCCCCCUCCUCCCAUGGAUAAGGACCACGCUUUCCAUAAGAUCAUCAGUGAGUCUCGCCGCUACAAGGGUCUUAAGCCAGGGGAGCUGCCUACUUGUGAGAGUCUGAAAGACACGAUUGCUAGAGCCCUACCCUUCUGGAAUGAUGUCAUUGCCCCAGAGAUCAAGGCUGGUAAAAACGUCAUCAUUGCAGCCCAUGGCAACAGUCUCCGUGGCAUCGUGAAGCACUUGGAGAGCAUGUCUGAUGCAGCUAUCAUGGAGCUGAACCUGCCCACUGGCAUUCCUAUUGUCUACGAGCUGGACAAGGACCUGAAGCCCAUCAAACCCAUGCAGUUCCUUGGGGAUGAGGAGACAGUACGCAAGGCCAUGGAAGCUGUGGCAGCCCAGGGCAAGGUGAAGAAGUGAGGCGACAGGAAAUGAUGCAGAGACUGACAGCUUUCUCCCUUCAUUCAUGUUCCUACCUGCAGUCUAUUCCAGCAUGGGAAAGGGCUACUCAUUGGUCCAAGGACCAAUAAAGCACUCUCCGGACGG